CGAGGACAUUGACAUGGAAGAGAGGUGUUAACUGCAUUCACGCCAAUCAGAGGGAAGUAUAACCAAAGAUUCUGAGUGAGAGAGAGAGAGAGAGAGAGAGAGAGAAGAUGGAGACAGGUGAAGAGGGUGGGGCUAAGUAAUUUGUGAAGGUGUGACCAACACAAACAGAAAGAAAGCCACAUUGCUGGGAAAUCUCAUGAGACAGAAACAACGAGGAAGAGAAUAAACUGGGAGAAAUUUGGCAAACUUGGGGAAUUAUAUGAGAAGAGAGGGAAUGUGAUCAAAGGAAGUAAAACUUUGGAUUAACACCCACUUCCUCAAGAUCUCAGACUGAGAGGAUGUCGUCUUUGUCUGAAGCAGAUAGUCGGUGUGCGACUGGAGACACCAUCUGUGAGAUUCGGGUGUACGAGCAGGAGGUGAUCGUGGUGCCCGUGCUGUUCCUCUUCACCUUCUUGGUGAUGCUGAUCUUCCUGCUUCUGCUGCGGUUCUGCCCGGAGAAAGUGGACCGCAUACGACCGCAGAACAUCGGCUCAGUGAUGCGACCGCAGAGGUCCAGGAGAAACCUGCAAGGAAUCGACGCGCCCCUGGGAAUUAACCCCUUAGAGCACGAGAGCAUCGCCUUGGACGUCCCCACCUACUCCACCUUCGCCGCCCCCCAGCACACCCUCGCCGUCCCCCUGGAUGAGCUCGCGUACGCCAGCUUCAGAAGCAGCUCCCAGCAGCCCUCCGGCAUGCCCCCGGAGCUGCCCACGCAGAGGCUGCCGGAGUCCUUCAACCUGGUCUCCCCGCUCCCGCUCACCUUCUCCAUGAGGGAAGGGGACUCCGUGUCCCUGUACAGGGCCAGGAUGGGCCACAGGGACGUGAUUCUGAGAGUUCUCAAAGACUCGGCGAGCCCCAAAGAAAAGCAGUCCUUUUUGGGAUUUGCCUCCUUCCUGACACAGCUUGGGGCGCACCCCUUCCUCCCUGCGGUGCUGGGCGUGGUCUCACUGCGGGCGCCGCUGAUCACGGUCGUGGAGGAGCUGGAGAACAGGGACCUACUGGGUUUCCUGUGGAGGUGUAGGCAGGAUCAUGUGGGCAGUGAGGCUCCAUGUGACCUAACGGAGAGGCGAAUUUUCACCAUGUCCAAUCAGGUGGCCUCUGCUCUGGACUACCUUCACAAACGGGACAUUCUCCAUGGCAACGUUGGAGCACGCAGCGUGCUGGUUAGCCGGGAGCUAACAGCCAAGCUGUGGGGAUUGGGGAACGCCUAUGCACGGAAGACCCAGGAAGCCCCUGUUGUAGAGGGGCCUUGGCAGAAAAAGUGGCAGGCCCCUGAGGUAUUGGCCCGGAGAGAAGCCACACAGGGCAGCGAUGUCUGGUCAUUUGGCAUCUUGCUGUAUGAAAUGGUGACGCUAGGAGAUGCCCCAUUCCCGGAUAUCUCAGUCAAUGAGCUGAUGCAGUAUCUCCAGAGAGGAAAGACCCUGAAGAGACCAGUCAACUGCUCCAACUCACUUUACUCAAUCAUCAAGAGUUGCUGCCAUUGGAAAGAAGCCGACCGUGCCACUUUGUCUGAGGUGAUCCGCAAGCUCCAAUCAGGAGAGAAAAGUGCCAAUGACAAAUCUGUUAUUCGAGUGCCUGAGCCAAUCAACAUUGAAAAAUACCUGCAGGAGGCGGGAUAUGGGGAAACCCACAACUACACUGUGUUCUGAUGUGCUGUUGGACUGAACAUCACGUGCAAUAGGGUGAUACUGAAGACAUGGGUGGUAGAUUGAGAUUUGUAGACUUGAACGCAGUAUCACUGUGGUAGCUAUUAUGACAGUUUACAUCUCGUUUACAAACAUUAUGUACAGUAAGAGUAAUAUAUUGCAAGUAUCGUGUCAAGAAAAAUCUGUAACUCUAAAUCAACCUUUCCCUUUGUUAUUGUAAAAUACAAUAUUUUUCUAUUAUGACACCUACAGUUAUGAGGUGUCAGUGCGUCAAAGCAUUCCUGCAUUGUUGGCGUGACCAUACAUGCAGUAUUUCUGGUUUCUGGUCGUCGUGGAGAUCUGCUGAGUCAGUGCACCGGUAGAGCGAGUGGAGUGGAAUGUAUGCCACCAGGAUUACUUUGUUUGCCGAUGGAGUGAAUGCAUAACAACUCCACAGAGCAAGAGAGGCUUUGGCUUCCUGCCAAGCUAACACUGACUCCAGUACUUUUUCAGCUUGGAGAUUUUAGUCAGUAGACAUUAUGCAGGGCUAAUUCAUAGCACUUUCAGUAAGUAAAUUAUAUAUAUAUUUCUUGAUGAAAUUUGGGAGGGGUCUGUGUUUGGUGGGGCUGCAGAAGAAUAUCACAAAAACGUCAAAACCUUCUGUUACUUUCAUUUUAAAAACAAUUCACUCUACUACUUUCACUUAAAGUGCUUAUCAUAACGAUUUUAUGUUUGUUCAUGAAUGAAAGGAAGAAUUGCCAAUUUCAAAUAAAAUGCUAUUUAAUGACA